CCGAGCAACCGGGCUGCGCAUCGCGGCUCCCGCCUGCGCCAGGGACCGGCCGGCGGGCACCGAGCCCCGCGGCCGCCCGUCCCCGCUCUCCUGGGCGCUGCCAGGGUGGGCACCAUGGAGGACGAGGCGAACGGGACUCUGCCCUCGCCCUGCGGCGUCAGCGAGCCGCCCUACUCGCACGAGUUUCUGCAGAGCCUUGACCUACCAGGGAGAUUUCUCUUCGCAAUCUUGACUCUGAUGACACUAAUUGCUGAUCUGGUGUUUAUAGAGGAAGCAGUCUACAUCUACAGAAAAAUCCCCACGUCCAAAAGAUCAAUCAUAAUUUGGGUUAAUGCUGCAGCUCCGGUGAUUGCUACUACUUCAUGCAUUGGCAUGUGGAUUCCUCGCUCAACGAUGUUUACGGAUUUUGCAGCAGCCAUAUUUUUUGCCAUAGUUAUCCACAAGUUCCUGUUGAUGAUGAUUAAAGAGUGCGGAGGUCAAAAGCUGCUCCUCCAGCGGUUUGAAAAUGGUCGCUUAAAGAUCAGCACCGGUCCCUGCUGCUGCUGCUGCCUUUGCCUCCCUCGUGUGCGCAUCACUAGGCAAACUCUCUUUAUGCUGAAGCUGGGCACCUUUCAGUUUGCUUUCCUUCGACCUGUGUUCAUGUUUUUAGCAAUAGUGCUUUGGACUAAUGGCAAUUACAUCCUUUACAAUUUGUCUCCCCAAAGAGCUGCAAUAUGGAUUAACAGCUUUGUUGGUGUCCUUACCAUUAUUGCUCUGUGGCCAGUUGCAAUCAUGUUUCAACAAGUUAGGACUGUCCUUACCUCUAAGAAGAUCAUCCCAAAGUUUGCUCUUUAUCAGUUUAUCGUCAUUCUGAACCACUUGCAGACAGCUAUUAUCAACAUCUUGGCCAUGCAAAGAGUCAUUCCCUGUGCUCCACCACUCUCCUCUUCAGCAAGAGGAUCAUAUAUAAUCCAGCAGCUCCUCAUCAUGGAAAUGUUUCUGAUAACCCUGCUCUCAAGGGUGGUCUAUCGGAGAAGAUACGAUGACCUAGAGCCUCCAGCGUGUAUAACUGAAGAAGCUGUGGACAGCAAGGAGACUCCUAAGGUUAUCCUGAAUGGUACAGUUAGGGAAGAUGGAUUGCCAAGGGUUUAGAAGCCCCAGGGCUCCUCUUCUGCAGGAGCUGGAAGCUCAGCUUAAGGAGCUUGCAUAUUCUUGCACCACAAACAGCCACUGUCCAGGUCGGAACAACUUCUGACGUAAAUGUCUGUGAGCUGGAAGGAUCACUAGUGGAAAGAUAACCCUGUUUAUUCUCCAGUGAUAUAUACAUGGUGUGAGGGUUUUCAUACCAUGUAAUUUAGUAAGAUUUCAUACCAUGUACUUUUAUGCCAUUAUGCUGCUACUUGAUGAUAGACAAACUGUCUCACAAUGUGAUUUUUUGUUAUUUUUAUUUUUUAGCUAUUAGAAUGGCUAUGAUUUGGAGUUAAUCCAGUCAUUCUUUCUCAUCUUUUUUGAUUUUUAAAAAUCUCAUUUCACCCUGGAUUACUGUCAUAUGUCUAACACAACAUUUUUCCAUCCUUCCUCCAUUAAAAUUUAUCAGCUCUCACUCUAUGCCAUGAGCUUACUGUAACUAAUUCUGACCAGUAAAUAUAUUUGCAUAUGUUUGUUCUCAGAUCCCCAGACUUGUCUGGGCUCUCCACCCAUAUAAAUAAUGAUCUCUUUAGCGCAAGACUUUUUACAUGCCUUGGCAAUUCACCCCCUAACUUGGUAAAUACAGAGUUGCUGUUUGUAAAUAUGUCACUGGCAGAUGUUCUUCUUAGGGACAGCAGAUUCUCUGUUGCUGGCCUGGAAAAAGAAAGUAGGAGUUAGAAUCUAAAGGUGUCUUCUGCUACAGCUCUGUGAUGGCACCUGCUGCUUUGGUUCUCUGCUUAGAAAAUGAGAAUAAUGAUACUCAGGGUCCUUAUGAUAAAGGUGUCUGUGGGGAUAAAAGCUACUGAAAGCAAUCUCUUUCAAAAAAUCCUUACCUUCCCAGCUUCUUCACCCCAAAUCUGACCUGCCCCAGCAUCCAGUAGGACUUCAAGGAGUACAGGAUCUUUGCCAUUCACACCCAUUGCUCUGUUUUGCAUAAAGCAGUUUUUACUUUUUACAAAUCAUCCUGAUGUUCUUGGAUGAACCAAAUUGCUUUGGUUUAGCUUGCUAUAAUUUAUAAAAUAAUACUGUGUUCACUACACAUUUGGGUGUUCUGUUUGUUGGGACUGGAGGUACAGUGUGAUACACUAGCCCUUGUCUAGCAUCAUCUAGACUGAUCCCUAGAAGUAAAUAUACAAUUCAUGCAGCAAGAAGGCUUAUUUAGUAUGUAACCUGGGAAAAUGUUUUGUGUUGGAAAAGUUGUUAAUUGUAUCAAAUACAUCUUAGCAUCAGAACAAAGCUGGGCAGAUAGUGGGGCUUUAUUUUUAGUUUACAAGGAAUUAAAAAAAUACUUUCAUUUUGGGAGUUGGUGGAAACUGGAAUUCACUGAAAACAGCUCGUGAGUCUAGAAAGUAGAAAAGGGAGUUAAAUUAAACAAAAUGUUCUCUUCUUUCUGACUGAGGUCAGAAAUAGUAGUUUUAACAAUUAAAGGGUUCCAUUGUACUAGAAAAAUUAUUUUUGUUUUGAAGUGUUUGAAAUUAUAUUUAUUUUUUUCUGAGCAGUCAGUCUGGGAAAUUAAUAGAUUUCUGAACUCAAUAAUAUGAGAGAAUCUGCACUUUUCCCUUGAAAAAUAAUCUAGGUGAAAAUUUUCCCUGCAUUAGAUUGUGUCAGUAGAGUUAACUGGCAUCAGCUAACAUAUUUUUAACAUGGGAAAUCUAAAUGUAUUUUAACAUUAUGGCUAUUAGCAUAUUCUUAAUGUUGCUUUAUACCAUUGUAGCCUAGGCUACAGGUACAUUUGUAGAGUUGCAGAGCAGUGUUUAAUUUCAUAAUGGCUUUGGGAAGGGUUGGCUGUAAGUUCCAGCAGCUUCAAAACUGGAAAAUAAAACAUUUUGAGUUGGUAAGGAA